AUGGCUGCGUAUCUAGAGACCCCUUCUCGAGUAUGGAGGCGCAUACAAGCCGAUCAAGACAGGGACAUGCCCUCUCUUCCAUCUCUCCCUGGCUUCGAAGAGUCGGGCGCGCCCCAGGAGAGCAUAGAAGAAGAAGACAGUGAGCAAGACAUGCACAUCGCCUCCCCCAUCCAGUCCACCCCCAUCUUCCUCUCCCGCGCCGCGUCCACGGUACGCGCCCCCUCGAGCACUUCAAGCACAGCAAGAUUUGCACGCUCUAUGGCUUCCCGUUCUUCCAAAUCCUCGCUCACAGGCUCGCGCGGAUCUGUGUCCCGGCGACCGGCUGAGGACAGCUUCGAUGUCAGCUCGAUCCCUAGUCUUCCUGUCCGACAUGACGAUAGCGCAGAGAUGGACAUCCGGAGCAGCGAUCAAGACACCGAAAGCUCGGUUCCGGAGGUGUAUCUUCCCCCAACUAUGGACGAGAACUCAGAUCUCGAAUUCGAUCUAUCGGAGGCACUGCAGUCUGUGAGCCGCGCAAAUUCACCAAGCCCGGAGCCGGAGCCUCAAGAUCAUAACACACCGCGAAAGAAGUCGGAUUACGAUCUCUCCGUGAGCUUGCGGUCAGAACCCAAGCCUUCUCCCUUCGACAAGCUGCGGAACGGUUCGUUUCGCCGACCGCUUUCUCGCACCCGCACUCCAUCCCUCACGCGCACGCUCUCCUCUCCUUCCUCGUCCGUCUCAAACUCUACCCCACACAGUUCCCGCUCCGCACGAUAUCAGCGGCAGGACUCCGACCCACCAUUGGCUGCUCUUACAGUCCCUCUUCCGCGUUCAGCGACGGCCUCUCCCGCAUUCCCCUCUCGGGUCGAAGAACGGUACAUUAGUCAGAUGCGCCUCAGCCCGGAACUCCCCAGUCCAGACUUGGAGGGACCUGCAGACGACACCGAACUCCUUCCUGAAGUUGCAGCAGAGAUAGAACGCGAGCGCGAGUCGCUUCGGGAGAGCCAGUCCAGCGGCCGCCAAGAAGACAGUUCUUCGCGUCAAGAACCUACCUUUUCCUCUGAAGGUGCUUCUGAGAACGGAGGGAGCGCAAAGAAAGGUUCGCGUGGUAUCCGCUCUCCAACACCACUCUCCGUCGCGUUCUCGUCUCCGGGAUCUGCGCUAUUCACUCCUACCCCCGCUUUCCAACCACGACCUCGGUCCCGCUUCGGCACGCCCGAUUCGGAGGAGGACUUCGACCAAGACUACACCGCACAUCCAGACGUGAACGACCCCACUACCCCGCACGCGCACAAGCGAUCCUUCCUGCUCUCCGUCAUUAAUUCAACCGCUCGGCCCCGGAUGCGCUUCCCGACCCCCCACCAUCCUCGGAACGACGUCGAUGAAUCGCAGUUCCAGGUGGAGAUGACACCUGGUCCAGGAGUAACCAUGACUCCCGCCAUGACCCCCGGCCCUGUUCCAUCCAUGACCCCAGGGCUUGCACUCAACCUCCGCGGCGCCUUUGCCGGGGCCACGCCCCGCGCUCGCCCCAUGCGCCGUCGCCUGUCGCAACCGCUCCCCCAAGCCUUGUCCGACUCAGCGUCCGAGCACGACGCGGCGGCGGGCGCGUCGUUCGUGUCGACCGCAUCCUCGCACGACCUCACGACGCACGCGCGGGCGAACGCGUCCUUCGACCCCGUCAUGGGCCUCGGCGACCGCGGACACGGCGUCGGCCGCUUCAACGCCGGCAAGCUCAACUCGUACCUCCACGGACUCAACCGGCGCCUCCAGGAGGAGAACGAGAUGCUCGUGUCCAAGCUGCGCGUCUACGAGUCGGGUUCUGGCUCAGGGUCGAGCGCCACAGGGACUUCUGAUGGUUCGAGGCGAGCAAGCGGGGGCAGACGGGUGAGCGCAGGGCCGGCCCUCGGGCUCGGGGCCGUCGCCGAACACGUCGCCGAGGGGUUGCUUGAAGAGAAGGCUGCGCUGGAAGAAAUGGUCGAAGAACUCCACCAGGAGCUCGAGGCGUGCACGGCGGAGAAGACGAAGGCGGAGGAGACACUUGAGGCCGAGCGCACGGACCGUGCCCGGGACAAGGAGCGGUGGCGCGAGCGCAUGAACGAAGUCGAGAAGGGCGUGGAGGAGAUCGUCGCGGGGCUGGAGCAACGCGUGGCGGAGGCGGAGGAGGCCGCCAGACGCGCGGAGGAGGAGCGGGACGAAGGCAUCCGAGACGUCGAGCGGCGGAUGGCGGUCGUGCAGGUCGAGAAGGAGGUCAUCGUGGGGCGCCUGAAGAGCGCGGAGGCCGCGCUGGAGAACGGGCGCGACCUCGGUGCGGAGGUGAACACGGCCAACCAGCGCGUCGCGCAAGCACAGGCGGAGCUUCAGAACGCCCGACGCCAGAUCGAAGAGCUGGAGACGCACAUCAUGCGCUCGGAAGAGCGGCUCGAUGACGUCGAAGGCAACCUCAGCGCCGAGAGGAAGCGCACUGCUGCUCUGGAGGAAGAGCUGCGGUCGAAGAUGGACGAGCUUUCCGAGCAGGUUCAGUGCGUCGAGCAGCUCGAAGAGGAGGUCCGCAACACCCGUACCCAACUUCGCCAGGCCGAAGACGCACUGGUUCAAAACGAGAACGACGCCGCCGAAGACGUCGCACGCUUUGAGGACCUCAAGAAAGAAGCCGAUGUCGUCCGUCAGGGCGUUGAGCAGCUCGAAGCGGAGCUCGAGGAGGAGAGGGUGGAGAACGAUCGUCUCGCCGACGAGGCUGACAAAGGCGCUGAGCUUGCACGCCAGAUGGAAGACGCCCUGGAGGCCGCGGAGAAGAAGAUGCUCGAGGACGAGCAGGAGGUCGCCUCUCUCAAGGCGAAAAUUACGUCCCUCGAGCGUGCCGUCGAGAAGGCUCAGGAACGCUCCAUGAUCCAAGCGGGUCCCUCACAGAGCGCCAUCGCUCGGGACCAAGAGGCCGAGAUUGCGGCUCUCGAAGCGGAGGUCGACGAUGCCAACAAGGAAAUUGCCCGUUUGCGGACAAUGAUCGCCCAGUCACCAGCGCGGAGGGCUAUCGAAAGGACCAAGGACGCUCGCAUCGAACUCUUGGAGAAAGAGAGAGAGGAUCUACUUGAGAGGCUGAGGGCGACCAGGAACCAAAGCGCUGUCUUCAACAGCCCUGUUCGAGUCGCCAGCGGAAGUGGCAUGUCUCCUCUCCAUCGGCAGCUCCUCAACAUGUCACUGAAGAGCCCCAAGACACCUGGUGGUCCUUUGAAAGACCUAUCCUGGCUUCACAAGAGUAUGAACGACCCUACGGUUGCGCCCCUAGUAUCAGAGCUCGCCCGUCUCCAUCAGGAGCUCGACCGUGCCAACGCAAGCAUCGACGAGAAAUUGGAUCGCCUCGAAGAUGCCGGCCUCGGAGUUGUCGAGCUCACCCAGCAGCUUCAAGAUGCGCACAGCCGGAUCAUGGACCUGGAGGACGACCAGGGCCGAUUGUCCCGCCGAGAAGAACGCAGGAUUCGUCGUCUGCAACGUUUGAAGUGUCCCAAGUGUCGGACCAAAGUCGACACGAAGGGACUGGACAGCACUGGCAACGCAGAUGAAAGUUCAGUCCUCGAAGCGUCAACGAUGAGCUUUGCAGCAGAGCCCACGCGUAGCAGCGAGACUCUUCGUUCUGAGCUCAAGGAGGUCAACACUCACUUGGACACCAUGAAGCGAUCCUGGGAGGAGGAGCGGAAACGCCUCUUGGGCGAGAAGGCGGUCCUCCAGGAUGCGGCGACCCGGCUAAACGCUGAGAUACGUGACGCGAAGAGCGAGCUUCGCAAGCACGCCACCGCGGAACGCGCCAGUGACCGUGCACGUGCGAGUGCGCAAGACGAACUCGACCACGCCAAGAAGGUCAUGGAAGAGCUCGAAGCCGAACUGAAGGAUGAACGCAGUCGUCUGCGGGCCUUGACGUCUGAGCAGACGAAAGCUCAGCGCGAGAAAGACAAGGUCGAGCGAGAGCUGCGUCGUGCGGAAACGGACAUGUCAGACAUCCGGGAACAACUCCAGCGCAUCAAACAAGAGAACCACGAUCUCGAGCAUGAGCUCCGCUCCAACUCCAGUGCCGAGCAGAAAGCCCGCAUUCUCCAAGCAAGGGUCGCCGAGAACGCAGCGAACCUCGACCAACUCAGGCAGGAGCGUUCGCUCAUCAUCUCCGACCACAAGGACCUCCAGCGCCAGUACGCCAAAGCGACGGAUGAAGUGACCCGGCUCCGCACGGAGUUCGCGGCGACGCAGAGCGCGCACGACGCCCGCCGCGGCGAGCUCGACGCGCGCGCGUCCGAGCUCGACGACCUCCGCCGGGCGCUCUCCGCGCAGGCAGGCGAGCUUGAGCGCGCCGAGGCCGAGCGCGCGCGCCUCACGCAGGAGAAGGGUGACGUCGCGCGCACCGUCGCUGCGCUCGAGGCGGACCUGCAGCGCGUGCGGCGCGACGCGGAGGCGUUCGGGCGCGACCUGCGUGCUCUCCGUGCGCAGAAAGAUAGGCUCGAGGACGAGCGCCACGAGGAGCGCCAGCGCGCCGAGCGCGCGCAGAAGCAGGCCGCAGCGCAGAUCAGGGUCCUCACCGAAGAGCUCGACGGGCAGAAGGCGCUCGGGAAGGAGGUCGCAAGGGAGCGGAAGGCGUGGGCGGCGCAUGUGUGCGCUGGACCCACGGCAGCGGCGGCGACGGCUGACGACGAGCAGCUCAUGCAGCUCAAGCUCAAGCACAAGCUGGAGUGCAAGGGCCUGGUGGUGCAGAUCAAGUACCUGAAGGCCAAGUUCUCGCGCGAGUCGACGUUCCGCUCCGAGCUUGGCUUCCAGAAGAGGUGGCUGCUCACCUUGAUGGGGCAGUCGGAGAGAAACGAGGAGAGGAUUUUGGCUGCAGUGGCACAGAUCGGUUACCCAACGCCACGGACCUCCCCAAGGCGGCGCACCCUGAGGAGUGUCGCAUACAUGGUACUGUUUGUUCAACGCACAAGGUACGCAGGUCGCUCUCUAGUCUAG